GAGCCUUUAACUAACAUACAGACACGAUAAGCAUCAUCUCGUAUUGAGGCUUCAACCGUGCCGAAUCGAUUUCCAUAAUGCCAGCCUACAGGUGGGUAAACCGUACCGGUAAUCAAUCGCUGCCAGAAAAUGCGGUCACCGGCGGCCGCGAUUCUGACGGAAGCACGAUUUACGUUGGCAGAGCCUUCCACAAUGGCGACAUGUUGCCAGCAAAAGUGAUUCCUGAUAAAAACGUCGCUUACGUUAGUCAUAACGGCGAAGAACAUCCUAAAGAUAGUUUCGAAGUCCUUUGCCAAGGCGAAUUUGCAUGGGAAUUCUGUAAUAAUGGUGGAGUACCAACGGAUGCGGUAAUCGCCGGUCAAACAGCGGACGGGGAACCUCUAUACGUUGGCCGUGUCCUCCAUAACGGGUCUCAAACAGUUGGCAAGAUACAACAAAGUCACGGAUGUCUGUACAUUCCAUUUGAUGGCGAAGAAUUGUCAUUCAAGGAUUACGAAGUACUCGUCAUGCAUUAAUUAAAAAUUCUCGAUGUAAUAUACAUUUUAUAUAUGGUCAAAAUUAAAAGUCAAGCAACAAUCUCCACAUAUGCCGCUAAAUCACGAGGACCUGCACAAGAAAUUAUUGUGCAAACAAACAACGUUCCUUUCUUUUUAAAUAUUUGUAAAAAUUUAUUAAAAAGAUGAUUAUAAAUAAUACAACU